AUGAGUAUGAAGAUGCAGCAGAGCCACCACUCAGUGGCUGUAAGAUUUAAUGAGCAAAUUGGAAGUAAAAAAGGGUCCACAUUUAUUCAAGCCAAGAGGGAUUGGCUUCCUAAGUUUCUAUUGCUCUUUCUGUUGGUGGCAUUCAUCAGUAUGUUAAUCUACAAGGGAAUGGAUGCUGAUAACAAAGUUAGAAGAAAGGAAGUUCUGGGAAGUAUGUGUGACCAGAGGGCAAGGAUGCUUCAGGAUCAAUUUAGUGUCAGUGUCAACCAUGUCCAUGCUUUGGCCAUUCUCAUUUCCACUUUCCACUACUCCAAAAAUGUAUCAGCAAUUGAUCAGGAAACUUUUGCUGAGUACACAGCCCGAACAGCUUUCGAGCGGCCUUUGCUUAGUGGAGUGGCAUUUGCGCAAAGAGUGGUGCACUUUGAGCGAGAAAAAUUUGAGAAGCAGCAUGGGUGGACUAUAAAAACAAUGGAAAGGGAACCAUCACCUAUAAAGGAUGAGUAUGCGCCAGUCAUAUUUUCCCAGGAGACAGUUUCCUAUAUCGAAUCUCUUGAUAUGAUGUCUGGAGAGGAGGACCGUGAGAACAUUUUGAGGUCAAGAGAAACAGGUAAAGCUGUUUUAACGAGCCCUUUCAGGCUGCUGGGUUCUCAUCAUCUUGGAGUUGUGCUGACAAUACCUGUUUAUAAAACUAAGCUUCCUCUAAAUCCAACAAUGGAUGAACGAACACGAGCAACGGCAGGCUACCUUGGUGGAGCAUUUGAUGUGGAGUCGCUUGUGGAAAAUUUACUUGGACAACUUGCUGGAAAUCAGGCGAUUUUGGUGAAUGUAUACGAUGUCACAAACUACUCUGAUCCCCUAGUAAUGUAUGGUCAUCAAUAUGAAGAUGGUGACAUGUCUCUUUCACAUGAGAGCAAACUAGAUUUUGGAGAUCCAUUUAGGAAGCAUCAGAUGAUAUGCAGAUAUCAUCAGAAAGCACCAACAUUAUGGACGGCACUUACUACUGCAUUCUUAUUCUUUGUGAUUGGAUUGUUAGUGGGAUAUAUCUUAUACGGUGCAGCAACUCAUAUUGUUAAAGUGGAGGAUGAUUUUCAUGAAAUGCAAGAACUGAAAGUUCGAGCCGAAGCUGCUGAUAUUGCAAAAUCUCAGUUUCUCGCCACAGUCUCUCAUGAAAUAAGGACACCCAUGAAUGGCAUCCUUGGAAUGCUUGCUUUACUUCUUGAUACUGAGCUGAGUUCAACUCAAAGGGAUUAUGCUCAAACUGCUCAGGCCUGUGGAAAAGCACUGAUAGCGUUAAUAAAUGAGGUGCUUGACCGGGCAAAAAUUGAAGCUGGGAAGUUGGAGCUUGAAGCGGUUCCUUUCGACCUUAGAUUGAUACUAGAUGAUGUUUUGUCUUUGUUUUCUGAAAAGUCAAGACACAAGGGAGUUGAGUUGGCAGUAUUCGUUUCUGACAAAGUUCCUGAAAUUGUUAUGGGAGAUCCUGGAAGGUUCAGACAAGUAAUCACAAAUCUCGUGGGUAACUCUGUGAAAGUAAGUUUUCUUCCAUUCUCGCCCAAGUCACCCUAAUAGUUCUUAUGAAUCAUUUUCAUCGAACUUUCUCACUAUUUU